AUGGCUGCCUUCAAUGCCAAUCUCGGUAGCGCAACAGAGCGUUCCUUUUCUUCGUCACUCUCGCCGGACCGAGUUAUCGCCAGCUCAGAAGAUGACAAUGCUGCGGCCUCCACCCUCGAUCCCGAUUUUUACAAGAGUCUCACCGAUAAGAGGACGACGCGCGAUGGAAACCCCCCCAAGAAGCGAGGGCCCAAGCCCAACAGCAAGCCUGCCUUGACCAGGCGGCAAGAGUUGAAUCGUCAGGCACAGAGAACACAUCGCGAAAGAAAGGAGCUCUACAUCAAGGCACUGGAAGAUGAAGUUCUUCGCCUUAAAGAGGUCUUCAGCAAUGUUUCAUUGGAUCGGGAGAGAUUGGCCGAUGAGAACAAACGGCUGCGAGACACUUUGGCACAGGCUGGGCUUCAAUAUAGCAGCCCGCAUGUAGCAGGCAGCGCGACGAGCCGUGGUCCCGACUCGGCCAAUACAAGUUCUCCGCCCAUGACCUCGCGAUCGACAGCGCCAUCGGUUGGCUCUCCAUUGAACCUACCUGUGGCCGUCGAUCAAGGCUCCACGACAGGCCAGCCGCAUGGAAUGCUUCAGCCCUUUUAUCGUGGAAACCCUGAGCUGGAACAGAUCGCGGGUACAUGUAGUCUCGAGAGGCCGUGCAUGACGCAUAUUCAGUUCAUGGUUGAGAGAGCAUCUGAGCCUGAAGGCGAACCCUGUGGGCAUGCACUUAUGGCAUCGUGCCCACCAGGCCCGGCUCCAGAAACAAGACCAGGUUUGCCCUUCGGGAAAACCCAUAUUCCAUUGGAUGGCGAUACGAACCAGAAGACAUGGGAAGUUCCAAAGGCAGACCUUGCCACUUUAUUGGAUCUAAGUAAGAGUAUCGACCUCGAUGGUGAGAUAACUCCUGUCAUGUCAUGGGGUAUGCUCAUGUCACACCCAAGGGCAAAUGAGUUGGAGGCGGUUGACUUCCGAAAGCUGAGUGAAGAACUCACUCGAAAGGUGAGAUGCUAUGGCUUUGGUGCUGUAAUGGAGGAAUUUGAGGUGCGAGAUGCUAUCGACAACGUGUUCGGCGGUAAGGACACGAUGAUGUGUGAAUAG